AUCUGGCCGUCGCUGUCUGGCUAUGGGUCUCAAUCAUCCCGAGCCAAACCGCCACAUGUUCAGACCGGACAUUAGGAACCAAACACAAAGCACGAGCUUUCACGAGACAGCCAUGUCCAUAGAUUCCCAAUGGAGGGACGAGACGAAGAAACCAAGGAAACCACAAAGCCCAAGGCCAAGGCAGUGAUAGUCGGAGGCAGCAUCGCGGGAUUAUCCUGCGCGCACGCGCUCAUCUUAGCAGGAUGGGACGUCGUUGUCGUCGAGAAAUCGAGCGCGCCGCCCACCGGCAGCCCCACCGGGGCGGGGCUCGGACUCGAACCGUCGGCUCGGAAGCUGAUCGAGGCUUGGCUCGGAAGGGCGGAGCAACUCCAGGAUGCCACUUUGCCUCUCGCCGUUGAUCAGAACAAUGCAACAGACAGUGAAAAAAACGUGAGCUGGGUAAUUACAAGGGAUGAGGAAUUCGAUUUCAGAGCAGCGCACUGGACCAACCUCCACGGCCUUCUUCGCGAGGAACUACCACCUACUGUUAUGUUAUAUGGUCAUGUAUUCCUGUCAUUCAGCCUAUCUAACGACAAGACUGAAGUCAGAGUCAAAACUAAAGUUCUCAAGACCAACGAUACCAUUGAGAUAACCGGUAACUUGCUUGUCGCAGCAGAUGGGUGUCUGUCUUCCAUUCGACAGAGCUUCCUCCCCAACCUUAAACUGAGGUAUUCAGGUUAUUGUGCCUGGAGGGGAGUUCUCGAUUUUUCGGGACGAGAGAAUUCAGAAGCCAUUUUGGGGAUCAAGAGAGCUUACCCUGAUCUUGGGAAGUGUCUGUACUUUGACCUGGGUUCCGGGACUCAUAGCGUGCUUUACGAACUCCUGAACAGAAGGCUUAAUUGGAUUUGGUAUAUCAAUCAGCCCGAGCCUGAACUGAAGGUAAAUCUUCUGGGAAACUCUCUUACCAUGAAAGUCAGCAGCGAAAUGAUCCAGAAGAUGCACAGAGAAGCAGAGAAAGUUUGGCUCCCUGAGUUGGCUAGAAUAAUGAAAGAAACAAAAGAACCUUUCAUAAACGUCAUAUAUGACUGCGACCCUUUAGAGCGGGUCUUCUGGGACAAUGUGGUGUUGGUCGGCGAUGCCGCUCACCCGACGACUCCUCACGGUUUGAGAAGCACGAACAUGUCUAUAUCAGAUGCUACGGUUCUUGGUUUGUGCCUCAAGAAAUGGGGAGUCAAGAAUCUGCAAUCAGCUCUUUGCGAAUAUCAGUCUCUACGGCUUCCAGUUACUUCGAAGCAAGUCCUACAUUCACGGCGACUGGGCCGCAUUAAACAAGGUUUGCCUGUUGCUGGUUGGGAACAGUUUGAUCCUUUGACGACAAAUCGUGAAGAGUGGCAAGAGCUUCAGCAGAAGAACAUGCCCUUCUUCAACGAAGUUCUCCUACCAGAGAACUCUUCUAUUUGAUGGCUUAAUUGAAGAUCAAGGAACAUGAUGCUACUGGAUCCCAGUCCGAUUGACUAUCUUGUGGUGCUAAUCGUAAAUUGCGGUCUGUGUACAAUUCAGUUAUUGGUUAGAAACUCAUUUUGUUUGUUAAGAAUAAGACUGCUACAUUUCGAGUAA